CCAUUUCCUGGGACUUCCCAUUGCUUCUUUAGCACAAAUCAGACUUGAGCGAAAACAACUCUUUUUCCGUGGAAUCAGUUAUAAAAAGAAUGGCAAUGCUACAAGCUGCUUAGUCCCUUAAUCUUAUUGAAAGGCUUGUGCACAUUGCUGAAAGAGCACUGGCUGGCUUCUUCCUCUCUUUGGCUAAUUGCUGUGAUUCUCCAGGACUAAAGGAGCUGGUUAGUGAAGUGGGAAACUUCCUGAAGGGAGGAACUAUAUCCUUUUUCAUCUUCAGCACAUGCCACAGUUCUGGUAUACAACAGACACAGAAUUGAAUGCUGUCAGAAGGGUAUCUCAGUGGACUUGCCUGCUGGAAUGACAUCCACUGGAGUUGCACAUCUUGUAAUGAGCAGGUGGCUGAGGAAAAGGAAGAAGAGACGAAUUCCACUGCUGCUCUUUCCUAUUCCUCCAUGGAUGAAACACAAGUCAGAAGUCUCUUUGUGAGCUGCAAAUCCUCUGGCAAGUUCAUUUCUUCAGUGACUUCAAGAGACAGCCAACAGAGUAGAAGUCAGAGAGUCACUGUGCUGCAGACAAACCCCAAUCCUGUGUUUGAAAGUCCAAACAUGCCUGCAGUUGAAAUAUGUAGAGAGCCCAGCAGAGAGACCUACUUGGUUCCACCUUCCUGCAAGAGUAUCUGCAAGAAUUACAAUGACUUGCAUAUUGCAGGGGGACAGGUGAUGGCCAUUAACUCAGUGUCAACAGACUUCCCUUCUGAGAGCAGUUUUGAAUAUGGUCCUUUGCUGAAGUCGUCUGAGAUUCCUUUGCCCAUGGAGGAUUCCAUUUCCACUCACCCCAGUGACUUUCCCCCAAAACCUGUUCAGCGGUACUCAUCCUACUGGAGAAUAACGAGCAUCAAAGAGAAAAGCAGCCUACAAAUGCAGAAGCCUAUUUCUAAUGCAGUGCUGAAUGAGUACCUGGAGCAGAAGGUGGUGGAGUUAUACAAACAGUACAUUAUGGACACCAUGUUUCAUGACAGUUCUCCUACCCAGAUUCUGGCAUCUGAACUUAUCAUGACAAGUGUGGACCAAAUUAGUCUUCAAGUAUCUAGAGACAAGAAUCUGGAGGCCUCAAAAGCUAAGGAUAUAGUCAUUAGCCGCCUAUUACAGUUGGUGUCAACUGAGAUCAGCACUCCUAGUCUUCAUAUUUCUCAGUAUAGCAAUGUGAAUCCAUAGGGAGGAUGCUUCCAUUCCUCUCUCUCAAUGACUCAAAACCAAAGAAACACUUAUUCAUUCAUUCUGAGAAUGUGCAGGAGGGGGUUGUAAAUGAUAGUCAUGAGAUAGAGAAGUAAAGGUCACCAAGAAGUGAGGCAUGAAUUAAGAUGAAAUCGCAUAGAAAGAAAAUCAUCAUGAGAAGUGUGAGAAGAGGAGCUGUACAGAAUGAUUUCAAAGAGAGGUCUGUACAGUAACAAAGUUAAAAAAAUCAAACAAGAAAAGGCUACAAUUCAUUUAAUUCAGUAUAGAUACUGAACAAGAGGACAAGCCAACUAAGAAUGAAACACACUAUGGCAAAACUGAAAAGCCAAAAAGUUUCAGGAUAAAGAGUUAAUAUGUUUGGGGCCAGCACUGUGGCAUAGUGGGUAAAGAUGCAGUGCCAGCAUCCCAUAUGGGCACCACUUUGAGUCCCAGCUGCUCCACUUCUGAUCCAGCUCUCUGCUGGAAGGCAGCAGAAGAUGGCCCAAGUGCUUGGGCCCCUGCACCCACAAGGGAGACCUGGAGGAAGUUCCUGGCUCCUGGAUCAGCCCAGCUCCAGCCAUUGAGGCCAUUUGGGGAGUGAACCAGCGUAUGGAAGACUGACUUUCUCUCUCUCUCUCUCUCUCUCUCUCUCUGCCUCUCUGUAACUCAGCCUUUCAAAUAAAUAAAUAAAUAUAUUUUUAUAAAAGAGUUACUGUGUUUGGUACUCAAGUGAAUUCCUUCAAGUUGUUCUUGAGGGAAAUGGACUGUAGAAGGCUGCUAUAUUUGGAUAGAAUGUUUAAACAUUUUUUCAAAAUAUAUCUUUCUAUUUCUUUUAUCCUGUAUAAUUUUAAAAUAUAUUGUAAAUAUUAAAAAAUAGCAAAUUGCAAUUGUGUUUUUCCUUUAGAAUAAUUAUUUAUCUACAGCAAUAGCCACACAACAGCCACUCAAAUCCUCAAAUUCUGUUUAUUGGUGGAGAUGAGAUUUUCUAGAUGGAAAAUACCACAUAUUGAACAUUUAACCAUUGAGUUUUAUUUUGCUAAAUGUAUGAAUUUUCUUGGUUGUACUAAGCUUCAAAGGAAGUGAUGAAUCUUACUUUUUCUCAUUUUUUCUCUUCCUUUUCCCCAUGCCUUCUUAACCUGGAACCAAGAAGGGUUACAAGCGGUGGGUCCCAUAUUAAAUUCUGUAAACACUUUCACUAGAGUGGUAACUUCCUAAGAGCUUCACUGCUCUCACCCUUUCCUCUAGCUUAGGAUUGGCAAACUAGGUAUGGCAUAUUGGCCAAAUCUGGCCUGUCACCUAUUUCUGACACUUCUGAAAGCUAAGGAUGUUUUUGUUCCAUUUUGAAAUGGUCUAACAUCCUCACAAACCAAAAUAAGAACAGUGAGAUGCAAAUGUUACAUGAAAUUUCAAAUCCUGUGUCCACAAAGGAAAGUUAUUGGAACACAGCCAUAUUUAGGUAUUAUCUAUGGUUACUUUCACUCCAGA